AUUAACAAAUCGUGACGAAUGUUUAAUAACUGGAAUAAAACAUGUCUUACGAUAUGCAAAAAAUGGAAUCCCUGAUAUGGGGAUACCGCAAUGUGAACCGUAUUUUGUCAAAGAAUCCAAUUUUGUUGAACAUAAUGUGAAAGGAACAUUAUAUGAUACUCGAGUUUAUGGAUUAACCAAUUUACAAUUAUUAAAUCUCAGAAGUGAUUUACAAAAUUUAACAUGUACCAUUAAUAAUGCGUGGGAAAUUUGAAUGUACUAUGGUUGAAGUGAAAAGUUUUGUAAAAUUUGGUGGAAAAUUAAUUCAAGAAUCAAAUGAACAAUAUUUGAGGCUGGAUAAAUUUAAAAUAGAAAUUAAGUCUUUCGAUUAUUUUGGAGAAUUUGACCCAGGAACCAAAAAUAUUAUUAUACAUCAAAUAAAUCGUUUAUUUAAUCGUGAGGAUCAAAAGACAAUUUUUAAGCAGAAUUUCACACAACAAUUAGAAAAUAUUACUGAAGACAUCGCCUUAAAAACUGUUUCGCCAUUCGUUGAGCGAGUUAAAUUUAGUGAAUUUUAUCCCGAUUUUGUUAAAAAAUAA